CCCUCCUUCCCGCUCGGCGCCCCAAAUCUCCGUGCGCGCCCGGAGCAGCUCCUGUCGUGGCCGGGACUCCGGGUGCUUUCUUCCUGCUUGACCCUUAGACGCGGGGCGGGUCACCUUCGUGGACUUACCCGCAAAAGGAAAACGCCGCGAGGUGUGGACACUGCCAGCGGCUUCAGCCGACAUGGAACGACCUGGGAGACAAGUACAACAGCAUGGAAGAUGCUAAGGUCUACGUGGCCAAAGUGGACUGCACGGCCGACGCAGAUGUGUGCUCCGCACAGGGUGUGCGAGGCUACCCCACUCUGAAGUUUUUUAAGCCUGGCCAAGAAGCAGUGAAGUACCAGGGUCCUCGGGACUUCCAGACGCUGGAAAAAUGGAUGCUGCAGACACUGAACGAGGAGCCAGCUACACCAGAGCCAGAAGCAGAACCACCCAGAGCCCCUGAGCUCAAGCAGGGCCUGUAUGAACUCUCAGCCAGCAACUUCGAGCUGCACAUUGCACAGGGUGACCACUUUAUCAAGUUCUUCGCUCCGUGGUGCGGUCAUUGCAAAGCUCUCGCCCCGACCUGGGAGCAGCUGGCUCAGGGCCUCAAACAUUCGGAAACUGUCAAGAUUGGCAAGGUCGAUUGUACGCAGCACUAUGGACUCUGCUCAGAACACCAGGUCCGAGGCUACCCCACUCUGCUCUGGUUCCGAAAUGGCAAGAAGGUGGAUCAGUACAAGGGAAAGCGGGACCUGGAGUCGCUGAGAGACUACGUGGUGUUGCAGCUGCAAGUUCUGGAGCCCGGAGCCCCUGAGAUCGUGGAGCCCUCAGAGGCCCCAGUGCUGGCCGAGGAGCCCACAGAGCACAAGAGCACCGUGUUGGCACUCACUGAAAAGAACUUCGACAGCGCCAUAGCAGAAGGAAUAACCUUUGUCAAGUUCUAUGCUCCAUGGUGCGGUCAUUGUAAGAACCUGGCUCCCACCUGGGAGGAGCUGUCUAAGGAGGAGUUCCCUGGUCUGGCAGAGGUCAAGAUCGCUGAGGUCGACUGCACUGCAGAACGGGAUGUGUGCAACAAGUACUCGGUCCGAGGCUAUCCCACAUUGCUGCUCUUCCGCGGAGGUAAAAAAAUCAGUGAGCACAGCGGAGGUAGAGACCUCAAGUCUUUACACCACUUCAUUCUGCGCCAGGCGAAAGACGAACUGUAGAGACCCUGCUGGAGACACCAUCCCACCACCCGGGGAGAGGAGUGAUGUCGUUCAGACAUGGAGUUUCCGUGCUGGUAACUCACAGAUGAAUGUACUGAAUUGUAGUGUCUUCUUUGUGUGUGUGUUUAAGCCAACACACGCUGCAGAUUCUUAACUUUCCCUAAAUUGAUGCGUAACUCUUGGUCACUGUGCAAACUGGGCAUUUUGGAGUGGGGGGUGAUCCAUCCUUCUACCUUCCCUUGAUGAAAUUAAAUGGUUUCCUUUGAGACUGAAACAGAGUCAAGGGAAAUCAAAUUGCUGGGCUAUUUUUGGCUCCCAACUGAUUCUGGCAAAAACAUCACCCAAAAGCCUAGUUUUGUUUUGUCUUUUUUAAACUGCCCCGAGUCCUGGAAAGGCGGCCCUAGGGCAGUAUUGUUGUCUUUCUAAUCUGAAGGUCAUAAUCGACUAUUAAUUAAUAACAGGGUUGGACUAUAGCUUGGAACAGAUUUCAAAACAAAAACCCAAGCCUCUGGAAGAUCCCCCCUCAGCCCCUGCUGAUUUUCUGUUAGUGUUCUCUCAGCACAAGAGACCAGCCGUAAUGAAAGCAGCAGUACUUCUGAGGCUCGCCUUGUGUGUGAGCACACAACUGCCAGUCAGCUGUUGUGCAGCGGACUCACAGGCUGACAGAGUUCAGUAGUUCCUAGAGUGAGCACAACCGAGUCCAUGUGCAUGAAGAGAUUCCGACGUCUUCCCUACGGCUGGUCCUGGCUGUCCAUCCAUCCAUCAGUCAGCUCUGGAGAGAUUCCCGCUGCAUUUGCGGCCUAGGGCGGUAGGACCAGGUAGGCCUUCCAGGGACCUGCAGCCCUGCUCCGGGCUCCUAGAAAGUUUCUGCCCCUCAGUAGUCCUUUCAGCAGCCUGCUCUGUGUUGUCUGCCUCCCACAAGGUCGACCUCAUGAUGUACGAACAGUGGGAUUCAUUGGGCCUCAAGACCAAAGACUAAAGUCCGCAGGGCUGUGCCGGUACUGAUGCUGGCACCCUUCUGACUCGUGCCAUCCUGGUUAUUAAAGACUUUUACUGUCCCCUUGG